AAGACCUAACUGAUCUAGAGAAACAACUUUUGGAACUUUUUUUUUUUCGAACAACAAAAGAAGCUUUGUGAGGAGUCAUGGUGUCAGCAGGCUUUCAGAUGUUGGGCACUGCCCUGUGCAUUAUCGGCUGGAUUGGGGUCAUCGUUAUCUGCGCCCUGCCCCAGUGGAAGGUGACAGCUUUCAUCGGCAACAACAUUGUCACUGCUCAAACCACCUGGAAGGGGAUCUGGAUGAACUGCGUGGUCCAGAGCACAGGCCAGAUGCAAUGUAAGGUGUACGACUCCAUGCUGGCCCUGAGCUCUGACCUGCAGGCUGCCCGCGCCCUCGUCAUCAUCGCCAUCAUGGUCGGCGUCCUGGGCAUACUCCUGGCCCUGGCAGGGGGGAAAUGCACCAACUGUGUGGAAGAUGAGGUCACCAAAGCCAAAAUCGGCGUGGCCGCUGGUGUGACCUUCAUCAUCGCUGGAGUUAUGUGCCUCAUCCCCGUGUGCUGGACGGCACACACUAUCGUCAGGGACUUCUACAACCCACUCGUGAAUGGAUCUCAGAAAAUGGAGAUGGGUGCUGCACUCUUUAUCGGCUGGGGGGCCUCAGCCCUCCUCAUCAUGGGCGGUGCACUCCUCUGUGCCAACUGCCCCCCCAAGGAUAACUACUCUGCCAAAUACUCAGCUGCCCGCUCAUCUACACCCAAAGACUACGUCUGAGAAGAGAACAGCCAGAUGACGAGGCCAAGAGACUGAAAAAAAGACUUUAAUCAAAUGCUUUGUUGUCCAGGAUUUGUUCAUGUAACCACAAUAAGUAUGAUCUGAAUUUCACAGGGAUUGUAUUGUGGUCACAGUUCUGUUUGAUGAUUUAAUGUUCCAGCUCUUAAGGAUUUGUUUCAUCAGCGCGGAGAAAGAGAGACGUGCACCACAACCAAACAGCUGUUUAUGAGGACUGAGUGAUAAAACGCAUGUGAGAGGGAGUCUAGUAUAUAAAUGUUACAACAACACACAACAUGUACAUUUGAUGAGCUGAAUUUGAUGUUUUUUUCUUUGUUUUCAUACAUUUCUGCCCUUAAACAUAUCAUUUCAUUUGAAUGUAUGCAUGUCUGCAUGUCUGAAACUGUAAAUAAAGAUUUUUUUUUAA